AGAUGCACGACGUAAAUUACGUAACUAAAAGCACGUACAGCACCGACCAAGGAAGUGUGUGCACGCCGGUGCUCUCUUACCAGCGUUACAGUAGAGUAUUGAGUGCGUGAUAUAUAUAACUCAUAUUUCCCUCGUUUUCUUCCCGGUUUAUGUUAAGAAACUCACAGAUGCUCCCUCCUGCCAUGGAAAAUGCACGUAGGCCCACAGACACGUUUUUGAUAACUGGGGGAUGUGGCUAUUUUGGUUAUCGCCUGGCAUGCUCCCUUCAUAAAAAAGGAGCUAAGAUCAUUUUGUUCGACACAGUCCCUCCAAAGCAAGAAGUGCCAGAAGACAUUGUGUUUGUUCAAGGAGAUAUACGCGAGUAUGCACAAGUUGAGAAGGCCAUCGCUGGUGCGGACUGUGUAUUCCACCUCGCCUCCUAUGGCAUGUCUGGCAGGGAGCAGCUGAACCGACAUCUGAUUGAGGCGGUGAACGUUCAAGGCACACAGAACGUCCUGAAGGCUUGCGUUGAGCACGGGGUGUCCCGCUUGGUUUACACCAGCACCUUCAACGUGGUGUUCGGAGGCCAAGUGAUAGAGAACGGGGAUGAAAGCCUCCCUUAUCUACCUCUCCAUCUCCACCCGGACCACUACUCCAGAACCAAGUCUAUGGCCGAGAUGGCAGUGCUAAAAGCUAACGGCACAGCACUGAAGGACGGCGCCGGGGUGCUGAGAAGCUGUGCACUGCGUCCAGCAGGAAUCUACGGGCCGGGCGAGCAGAGGCACCUGCCCAGGGUAGUUGGCUACAUAGAGAAGGGGAUCUUCAGGUUUGUGUAUGGUGAUCCCAGCAGCCUGGUGGAGUUUGUCCAUGUGGACAACCUGGUGUCGGCACACGAGCUUGCAGCCGAGGCUCUGACCUCGGAGAAGCAGCGCCGCUCUUCUGGCCAGGCCUACUUCAUCUCAGAUGGCAAACCGGUCAACAAUUUUGAGUUCUUCAGACCUCUGGUAGAGGGCUUGGGCUAUCCUUUCCCCAAACUGCGCCUUCCCAUCUCUCUCAUCUACUUUGUUGCCUUUCUCACAGAAAUGAUUCACCUCGUCAUCGGGCCCUUCUAUAACUUCCAGCCCCUGCUGACACGUACAGAGGUGUAUAAGACCGGCGUGACGCAUUACUUCAGCAUGGCAAAAGCGAAGGCGGAGCUCGGUUACGAGCCCCAGGAGUACGACCUGGGUGAGGUCGUACAAUGGUUCAGAAGCAGAGGCCACGGGAAGAAAUCUCACAGCUCCUUCCUCGGUCGGUUGCUGCUCGACAUCCUGUGUGUGUCGGCCUUUGUUGCUGUGGUUCUGUCUUUUCUUCCAUUUGUUGGCAGUUGAUAAAAUAUCAUUUUCAUAUUUUCCAAAAUGCCAAACGCCUUGUAUCAAACCUGGUUCAUAACUAGAGUGAUUACAUGUCUUCAGGUCCGUGGACACAUUUGUAUUAUGAAAUCAGUCAGUAUGGGCAGGUGCUUCACACUUAAAAACACCUUUUUAUACUGUAACACCAUCACAUGUGAAAAUAAUCUUAAUCUCUGAACCGUAACGUCUUCAUUUUACAUCCCACUACUGAAACUGUCUGAGAUGCUACCUCUUUUACCCACAAUGUUGAGCUUUUUGAAAGGAAACAGACUUGUUUUAAAGUAAAAUACAAAGGAAUUUUCUGACUGUAAUGAAUAAAUCCUUACAUGGCAAA